CGUAUAAAAAUUAAACAUGUCAGGACGCGGCAAGACCCGCGCUAAGGCCAAGACCAGGUCCUCCCGGGCCGGACUCCAGUUCCCGGUGGGUCGUGUCCACAGGCUGCUCCGCAAGGGCAACUACGGCGAGCGUAUUGGCGCCGGUGCUCCCGUCUACCUGGCGGCCGUGUUGGAGUACCUGACCGCCGAGAUCCUGGAGUUGGCGGGGAACGCAGCCCGCGACAACAAGAAGACCAGGAUCAUUCCCCGCCAUCUGCAGCUGGCCGUCCGCAACGACGAGGAGCUCAACAAACUCCUGGGAGGCGUCACCAUCGCCCAGGGCGGCGUGUUGCCCAACAUCCAGGCGGUUCUGCUCCCCAAGAAGACCGAGAAGGCUUCCAAGAAGUAAACUGUUGACUUUCAACAAUACCACAAAAGGCUCUUUUAAGAGCCACGCAAAUCUUCUUUGAGUCAAUCAUCCACAUCAAAUAUGUCAAUUUAUACUAUACUUAUACAAUAAUCAUAUCAAUUAACCUUCCUCUUGUGUUAGCUUUCUCUUACCAUCUCUUAUGUUAACGGGUCUGUUUUGACCCAUGUUUUAAAUCAGCUGUAAAAUACACUAAAAACAAUUAUCUAUCAUCCAAUUUGUUUCUCAUCUCUUGGUUACCUUGUUAGGCUUCCUUAUCCUUGAAAAUAUUGGUUUUAAUAUUUUUGGUUUGGCCCAUUGGGCCUUAUUUUGUCAGUAUACCCCUCGAUUUAAAUUUUUAAAAAUGGUAAAACGAACCUCAAGAGAAUAUAUAAAUAAAAAAAAGGUUGUUGUAUUACCUAACUAUUACCAAGGGGUAUUAGAACACAUCUCUUAAAUACAUGUUUUGUUUAUUUUUUCAUUUUAAGAAUUUUAACUAUCGUAACAUCUAUGGUGUUACGGGUCAAUUUCGACCCAUAUAUAUUUACUUCAGGAAAAAGGCUAAAAAGUAUUUUGUUCAGUAACAGACAUCCAACAACCAAUCAAGCAAAUGAAACCAAGAGAAAUAGAUUACUAGUUCCAAAACUAAUAAAAAAACAAAAUCAGAGUGGCAAAAAGUGACACUAUUAGUGUCCGUCUUUUGUUUGUUUUUGUACAGGAUAACAAGGUAAAAUGAGAAUCCACUAAAGCUCAAAUGAUUGGGAGAGGAGGUGGCUGUCAGUGUGUUCAGUUUUGGCUCUUAUCAUUGCUUUAUCUUAUUUUUACAACCGGGUCGAAACCGACCCUAACACCAAGGGCAUAAUUUCUACCAGAGCAUUUUAGAAUUUAGUGAAAAAAAUUACAAUGUUUUAUUUUGUUGACAAAGAGGUUCCUGACAAAGUCAAAAAGCGUUGAUGCAAAAAAAUAAAUGUAUGUGGUGUUUUUAUGCAUUUAAAAACUAAAACGGGUCGGUGCCGACCCUAACACAAGACGAAGGUUAAAAUUUGAAUUAAAAUCUCGAUUAUUAUGCAUUUUUAUUGGUAUGUUCUCUCUGUGUUCCCAUGCCAUUUUACACAAAACCAGAUUUGUUGUGAACCAGUCAUAUUUUGAAAAAAUGAAAUAUUUCUAAUUUUUUUGUGGAAAAA